AAGCUAAGCUGAUAGUUAGACUAACUUGCCGAGUAUUGCUGUAACCCCAAGGCAUUAGGAACCUCUCUGCAUAUCCUUUUUUUAUUCUUAUUUAAGCCGUAUUAGGCAAUUAGCAUGGUUAUCUAUCUAGCAAAGUGAUGUCAUUGCUUAGCUACGAAUUGCGCUCCUUCUGUUACAGUACGUUAGCCUACGCAUUAACAUUGAUUUGAAGGCAAUGAUGAUGGUGUACAAAUCGUGUGUCUAAGCUUCUUAUCCUGCACAAGCUGUGUACCCCCAGGCAGCCAACGCAGCUCUGUAUCCCCCUGCGAUGCAGCCUUCACCCCAGGCCCCCCCUUACACCGAUGCCCCUCCUUCCUAUUCUGAGAUAUACCAGCCGAGGUUCAUCCAUCCACAGGCCGCCCAAGGCCAGCUGCACCAGAUGUCCUCUGCAUACCCCGGCGCUCAGAUGUACCUGCCCCUGCACCAGUCCAUAGCCAUGGGGCCCAUGGGCCACGGCCUCCCCAUGGCUUACUACCCCAUGGGGGCGCUGUAUCCGCCAGGCUCCACCAUGCUGGUGGACGGAGGGUUUGAUUCUGGGGCUCGUUAUGGAGCGGGCAGCAACGCCACCAUCCCCGUGACCCCUCCGCCUCCCGGCCAGCUCCCCAGUGCGGCCCAGCUGGCCGCCAUGCAGGGCGCCAACAUGAUGAUGGCGCAGCAGCGCAAGGGCAGCUACUUCAUGGGGGGGGCCGGCACCGGUGGCUACACCAUCUGGUAACGGUGACCGGAAGAUGGGCCCCGUCCCCUUCCUUCCUGUCCCGAAACCCGAAACCCCCAACGCCCCCCCCUCCCCCGGCUGCCUGCCGACCACACCACAAUACUGACAUCACCUAACAGAAUGUAUUAUUCUUUUGCCCUGGAUACAGUACCACCCCCCUCACUGGUGUCCUUACAGACCUGCUCUGUGCCCUCCCACUGCCAGGCUUGGGUUUGGAGAUGGGCCCCGUCUUAUUGCUUAUCCGCACAAGAAUUGUGCUACAGACGUAUUUUUAAAUGAGCAAAAAUGCAUACAAGCACCUUGCGCUACUGUACUUGCAUCUGAAAGCAUGUCAUAGCAUUCUCAUCUGCUGAGUUUUUCACCCCCGCUCAUCCACUUUCUGUGGAAAUUCACCCAAAAAACCCACAAUUCAUUCAGUUUGAGAUGAUCGGAUGAGGGGCAGGGCUACUGUAUCUCCCAGGGCAGCUGUAGAUGAAUUUUAUCAGGUGCCAAAGUUUUGUGUGCACCUUCAUUUUAAAUAAAAAAACAAAGAAACUUACAAAUGUCGAGGAAACUAAUACGGUUGGAGGUCCAGUUGUGGUUGGAAGGGUUGGUUGGCGCCAUUAUAUUUGUGUGUGUGUGUGUGUCUGCGUCACACACAUUUGCUUUCGUCUUGUUGUCGGAUACCCAGAACUGUUCAGACUGUAACGUGAAUUUAUAUAGUAGCCAAGAAAGUCCUGUUUACUGCCAAGAUGAAGAUGCAUGGUCUUUUAAGUUUCUUGUAUGGCUAAACAAUGGAUAUAACUUGUUCUUAAUAACAAAAAAAACCCCUACGUCCAUCCCGGAGCUGCCUGGUGUGCAGCCUGUUUUCUUCCUCAACCCUGCACUCGUUCAGUGGCUCUUUCAGAAGCACCAUCCUGUACUCCUAUUGAAUUAGCUCCCAUCUAUAACCAAAGAUCUGGUCUAGAACGCACUGAAAUACAGCAGUGGAAGUAACCUCUUUAUAAUCAAACAGAUGGUACCGAGAAAAGCAGGCGUUACAGAUUUUGUAGGAAAGAUAUGUGCAAUUCAUUUUGUGAAUAGUUUUCAUUUCAUUGCCUUUUUGCACUUUUUUUCUGUAGUUUUAGUUUGUAGCUUAGAAUGUAACCUUGUGACAUUGUAAAUUCAGGUCAUCUUACAUAUUCAUUUGUGUGUGCUGUUGACCAGCUCUGAAAUAUUACUCUUGUUACGUUUAAAAAUUGUACAUGAUCAGCAAUAACGUUUUGAUGGAUGGAGCAGGCAAGUGGGCAUAUUUCAAAAUCAAAAUAUCUCCCUCUUGUACAAAGCUUUUAAAAAAAUAUCCUAUGCAUCUUCACCAGUAGGUUUCUAGAUUGAAGGAUGUAGAAUUUCCAUCAUUUUCCCUAAGAAAAAUUAUUCUGCUCUUUACAUUUUUGGGACAGGGAAUAUUGUACACGUUAUCCUGCGCAUUCUUUGAAGAUGUUCCCUGAAGUACUACUUUCAUGAAUAAGUAAUGAGUCAAAGUAAAUGUGCUAUAAGUUCACAGUGAGGUUGUAUAGAGGCACCUUUAAGAAGAACACCAACUUCUAUUACAUUUACAUUGGUUUGUACUUUUUAAUUUGCUUAAGAAUAUAUUGGAUAAUUUUUUUCAGCAAAAUCCAUUAGCUUUCAGAGUGAUUCCAAAAUCACUCUCGAAGUAAUCCCGACGAUAGCGUUUGUUGUUGCCAUUAUAAUUGUGGUGUGCACCAUCCACUUGAGAAAGAUUUUUAAAACAACGUAUGUGUAUUUAUCCAUCUUCGUGUGUUUGUACCACGUAUUUGAAGAAGGGUGGUAAUGGAGUCCAGUUUUGUAAAAGGCAGAGUAAGACACUUCUGAAGCUUGAUUACCUCAUAUAAACUUAAAGUCCACAGAAUGCAGUGUAUUAAAAAUUUAAUGUUUAAGCAUAGCUUAGUUGAACUUUUCAUUGUGUGCCAAGCUGAAUCUGGACAGUCUUAAUGCUGGGUAUCCGACAUGAGUCUUGAGGGGUUCACCCCGCAGACUGCAACAAAAUCAUUCCCGAAUAAAACAACAUUGUUAAAAUGCCAGCUAUGUUGCUCUCCCCCCAUUUUGGUUUCCUGAAUUAUUUCAUUUAACCUGCAUGUCAAAAUCCACUUAGUUAGUUUGUGGGAGUUUUGUUUGAUGUGAAGUUAUUUCCAACCCCGAGGCUUGUAUGCAAGACACUGCCUGUGCGGUCUUGGCUUGUGUACUGUACACGUAUAGAAGAGCAUUCCCACUGAGUAUUGCCACAUUGUCUCCUAAGCUUAAAGGAUUAUUAUUUUUGACCAAGCCUGUUUCACAUUGCUUUAGGUUUGUUUAGUCCCAGUCUGAUGACUGGAGUGUGGUUGAGAUGCUGUUAAAAUGAACUGCUGUGUAGAAAAAUGAAAGGGGACAGCUUUCCUGAACCAACCCUGGAAUUUAAAUUGGAGUCACGGUGUGGCUUAAUUUCCACCUUUUUAAUUGGAGUCAUUUGUGAGGUAUAAAAACUGAACUAAAACUGAUGGAAAUACUGAAUGACUGUGGAUGUUAAAGUGGCACCGUGACCGUUUCAGCUCCAGUGGCGAUCGACUCAUCAGUAGACGUCACUCCAACCAUCAGUUGUGUCAGUCAGUAUAAAUCCGUUUGGGUUUAUGGACAUCAAUAGUUCAGGGAUUCUCUCCAAUUUUUAUAUUGAGACAUACAGUACAAUGAUUUGAUGGAUUCUACUGAAUAUAUUUUAUCUUUUAAGAUUAUUAAGAAGGAGCCAGGUGUCCCCAUCUUGUUGACUAAGAGACUGGUGAAGAGCGGUCCUUAACAGUUUGUAAUGGAACUGUGGUGCACUUAACUUUUUUAUACUAAACUUAAAAAAUAAAAUUAAAAUUUAGAAUAAAGACUAUUUUGGACAUUGA